UAUUCAAGAUGGCGGCUGGAGCAGAGUGGUGUUUGAUUGAGAGCGAUCCAGGGGUAUUUACUGAGCUCAUUCGUGGAUUUGGAUGUACAGGAACUCAAGUAGAAGAGAUUUACAGUCUUGAUCAAGCAUCUUUAGAAAGUCUAAGACCUGUACAUGGAUUGAUUUUCUUAUUCAAAUGGAAGCCUGGUGAAGAAUCUGUAGGCACUGUUGUGCAAGAUAGCAGAGCACAUGGGAUUUUCUUCGCAAAACAGGUAAUCUCAAAUGCAUGUGCAACACAAGCCAUUCUUAGUGUACUGUUAAAUACAAAUCAUCCUGACUUGGACCUUGGACCAAACCUCACUACAUUCAAAGAAUUUUCAGCUACUUUUGACAGUGCAUUAAAAGGAUUGAGUUUGACCAAUUCAGAUGUCAUGAGAAGUGUACACAAUGGCUUUUCAAGGCAGCAGAUGUUUGAGUUUGAUUCAAAAGUUGCACAAAAGGAUGAUGAUGUUUAUCACUUUGUUGCAUACGUCCCAAUCAAUGGCAGACUGUAUGAGCUUGAUGGACUAAAGGAAGGACCCAUAGAUCAUGGUGCUUGUAACCAUGACAAUUGGCUGAGUGCCUGCAAACCCAUCAUUGAGGCCAGAAUGCAAAAAUAUUCAUCAGAAGAGAUAAGGUUUAACUUAAUGGCCAUAAUAUCAGACAGGAAGAUGACAUUCCUUAAGCAAAUGGAUACUCUGAACAUGAAAAAACAGCACUUGUUGGAAAAAAUUGAAGAAUUGAAGUCAUCAUCUUCCAAUCCAGAGGGAGGUGAAGCGAUGGAAACAGAUCAAAGUGCAUCAGUAAAAGAAUGUGAAGACAUAAUCCAUACAAUAAAUGCAGAGAUCACAAGGUUACGAAGUCUUGUCGCUGCUGAGGAUGAUAAGAUGCUGAGAUACAAGGUAGAAAAUAUUAGAAGAAAGCACAACUAUCUGCCACUCAUAAUGGAACUUCUCAAGAUUCUUGCUAAUAAUGGAAAGCUUGUUUCAAUGGUAGAAAAGGAAAAAGAACUUCAAAAAGAGAAGAAGGCUCAAAAUGCAAAAUGAUUUGAUCACCAGGAAAAGAAAAAAAUCUAUUUAAAAGAAUGGCAUACACACGCGCAUUAGAAAAUGGAGCGGCAUGCUGUUGUUCAGCCAUUAGGAGAGCUACAUUUAGUGGCACAUUAAUUGAAAAGAACAUUCAAGUUAUAACUUUUUCAUUCCCAUGACAAAUUAAAUUUUAUAUUGGUGCAAAGACUAACCCUCCUYGAGAUUUGCUUCAAUGUCUUGCACUAAUGUUUCAGUACGAGGCGAUAUACUAUAUUAAAUGUAUUUUUUCUCCUGUCUUGAAUCACUGAGCAUUAUGCAUGAAGCCUCUUAUUAAAUAUUUGUGUGACAAGCGAAGCAUAUCUCAGAAGUCAUCAUUAUCCUGUAUGCACAUACUGUAGGGCUGAAUAUCUCAGAAGUGGCCAUGGGCUUUAUUGUAUCAGUACAUUGGUACUGUUUCAAGAAACAUAAAAUCUGAAAAUCAGUUGCACAUGUAUUACCAUAGAUGAACUGGAACUGCAAUAAUUAUUGGAGAAUACUGUAGG